GCACAACUAUUGACAAUAGCGUCCAUUUCAUCGUCAAAAAAGCCGUCAAACGAAUUGUCAUCAUUGCAAAAUUCAAAUUAUUGUUUAAAAGUAUUAAAACCACAAACCAUGGAAUUACUCACACCGCAUUUAAGCAGCGUUAGAGUCCCAACAGCGACCAGCAAAGUAUACAAGGACGAAUGUGUCUUCUCUUUCGAUAAUCCGGAAACCGAGACCGGUCUGUACGUAGGUCUGAAGAGUUUUUUCGGACUUGGACGCGAUUAUGUUGAAAAACACUUCCACAAAACGGGAGAAGCCGUCUAUCUCCACAUCCGGCGAGUGCGUCAUGAAGUCUCAUCACCCCCACAGGGCGAUGGACCCGAGAAGAAAAUCACGCGCUUGGCCAUUGGAGUUGACGGUGGUUUUGAUCCAGAGGCCAUGUCAAAGAAGUUUGAGUUUGAGGACUCCUACAAUAUUGUCGUUUUGCCAGGUUUCAGCACCAUCCCCUGGCCCAACACAGAGCUUCCCCAAAUUGUAAAAUCGUCUAUUGAGGGCAUUUUGGAAGCCCCCUCGGCCAGUAAAGUGGCCGAAAUGGAGGCUUUGACGGGGACGUGGGAUGGCGAAGCUCGGGUUGUCUCCCAGUUUGCCCACAACUUGCCACAGUUAGAUAAUGGGAAAAAAAUUCCACCUUCUGGGUGGCAGUGCGAAAAAUGUGAUAAAACUGAUAAUCUGUGGCUGAACUUAACCGAUGGGUCUAUCUUAUGUGGCAGGAGGUUUUAUGAUGGAAGUGGAGGAAAUAAUCACGCCAUUGAACAUUAUAACGCCACAGGUCAUCCCUUAGCUGUUAAAUUGGGGACGAUCACAAAGGAAGGAAAAGGCGAUGUGUUCAGCUACAAGGAAGAUGACAUGGUGGAAGACCCGAAUCUAGUCCAGCAUUUAGCACACUGGGGAAUAAAUAUCGCGAAUAUGGAAAAAACCGAAAAGUCGAUGGUCGAGCUCGAGCUGGAAUUGAACCAAAAAUCGAACGAAUGGUCGGCUUUGCAGGAAAGCGACGGCCAAUUGAAACCCAUCUACGGCCCUGGAUACACUGGAAUGACCAACAUGGGCAACUCCUGUUACCUCAACAGCGUGAUGCAAAUGGUAUUCUCUAUUCCAGAUUUCAUCCAAAGAUACUACCAUGACGCUGAAUUAUUUUUCAACAACGUGGUUGGUGACCCAUGUGAAGAUUUUAACGCUCAAAUGGCUAAAUUAGCUGUUGGUCUACAUUCGGGAAAAUAUUCAGUCCCACCACCUGCAGGAUCUCCCGUAGAUGCGGAUCCUCCAGGAAUAUGUCCCUUGAUGUUCAAGGCUUUGGUGGGUCGAGGACAUCCAGAAUUCUCAACGAAAAAGCAACAAGACGCCCAGGAGUUUUUCCUCCACAUACUCACUCUAUUGGAGCGGAACAGCAAAAAUAAAGUCAAUCCGGGCGAUUGUUUUAAAUUUAAAGUGGAGGAGAAAUUUCAAUGCAGUGCCAGCAAGAAAGUCAAGUAUUUGACGAGGUCUGACGUUCUUCUGCCACUGAUCAUCCCAAUGGAUGCAGCCAUCAAUAAAGACGAGGUUGCAGCCUACGAAACGAAGAAGCUAGAGGCGGAAAAAACGGGCAAAAAACUCCUCGCUAACACCAUCGUGCGGCCAAAAAUAAAUUUCCUUUCGUGUUUGGAACUCUUCACGCAAUCGGAAGUCAUUAACAAUUUUUACAGCUCGGCAGUCAACGCAAACGUUACUGCCCGGAAAACUACGCGAUUGGCAACAUUUCCAGACUACCUCUGCAUUCAGUUAAAAAAAUUCAUGCUGAGGGAAGACUGGGUUCCGAUUAAACUGGACGUUUCUAUUGAAAUGCCAGACAUUUUGGACAUAUCAUCCCUGCGUGGUACUGGCCCCCAGUCGGACGAAGAGCUGCUUCCGGAGCCCAAAGUGCAGCCCCCGGCGCCUGUGAUGGACGAGGGGGUCCUGGCACAGCUGGCUGACAUGGGUUUUCCGCCCGAGGCCUGCAAAAGAGCGGUGUUUUUCACCCAUAACUCCGGCCUGGAGGCGGCCACCGCCUGGAUCAUGGAGCACAUCACGGAUUCCGAUUUUUCGGACCCGUUUGUUCCUCCCGGCACGGAGAGUUCGCACUUUACGCCGAAUGCCGAAGCUUUGGCGAGUAUUGUGGCGAUGGGGUUCACACAACAUCAAGCAACUAAGGCUCUGAAGGCGACGGAUAAUAAUGUGGAAAGAGCGAUGGAUUGGAUUUUUUCGCAUCAGGAUGAGUUGGAUAAUGUUACGUCACCGCCGCCGCCCGAAUUCAGGGACGGGGACGGGAGGUAUAAAUUGGUGGCGUUUGUUUCUCAUAUGGGGACUUCAACAAUGGUCGGCCACUAUGUGGUCCAUAUUCUCAAAAAUGGGCAAUGGGUCAUCUUUAACGACAAUAAGGUGGCUCUGUCGGAACGGCCCCCGAAGGAUCUAGGUUAUAUGUAUUUAUAUGAGCGACUUUAAGUAGCCAAUGGGUUUGUUUCUCUGAUUUUGUAUGUAUAAAUACCAAAUAAAUUGUCAAGAUUUUUCACAUUAA